CAUGGACCCUUAAUGUUGACUGCAAGGCGCUGAGAGCUGAGCGUUAACAACAUUAAAGUUAGGCCAGAGUUGCACGGUCUGGUAACCAUUCAAAAGUUACUUUUUGAACUACAUUGGGAAAUGCAGUCCCCAAAAGUGAUGGCUCCGACGUAUCGGUUUCAUAGUGCAACCGAUCCCAUUGCUACUUUUCAAACCUGAGUUACUUUGGAAAAGUGACUUUCCUUGCUCUGACUCAUGGCUGAUGGGUUCCCAAGUCCCUUGCGCAACGUGACACCAUUAAGGACAAAUGGCUUCAUGCUUUGGGGGGUAAUUUCCGGUUAGGAUGACGAAAGAUGGCUGCAGGUGUCAGUGGCCUUUGCCACCAAAGUGUUUGUCACAACCAAUGACGCCACCGAGGCACAAAAAGGGAAGGAUCAGUUUUUUCCUUUAAAUAGGAAAAGUACUGGCUGGAGAGAUUUGGACUUCGCAAUCCGUCGGAGAAGAAACUUGCUACUCCAGACUGUUACUGGAAUGGAUUUCUCCAUACCUUCCAGCUAUAAAGUCCCAUAGUUGUGUUUUGGAGAAGACAGUAUAAAUGGUGAAGAUCGUGAAUCGGAGGACACAGGAGUAACUUCAAUUUGCAAGACGUUUUUAAAGAGAUUGGAGGAGGUCUAAGACUUGAAGAAGGAGGAUUAGAUAAUUUCCUGCGUCUCGUCUCCACUUCCUCCUCCGUCUCAGCUUCUCCUAUAUAUCUUGACUUUCUUUCUGAAAACAACCCUUCGCUCCAUCGUUGGAGAUCUCUCUUAAAGAAAGAUGGCGAUCCAUUGGGGACUGAUGAUAAUGCUGGUUUGUGGUGUUUCAGAGGCGGAAGGGAGCCUCUUGGAGUUUGGGGCCCUGAUCAAGGAACUCACCAACAAAAGCUCCUUCCCAGAUUAUACCAGUUACGGCUGUUAUUGUGGACUGGGCGGCAAAGGGCAGCCAAGGGAUGCCACCGACAGCUGCUGUUUUGACCAUGACUGCUGUUACGGAAGGCUGAGCAACUGUAGCACCAAAACAGACAAAUAUGAAUACACCAUUGAGGAUGGUGGCGUCACGUGCGCCCUGCCCGGAACAUUUGAUGGUGCUAUUUUGCUGCCGCCUCCGGAUCCGCCGCGAGCGGACUUUCCAGCUUUGCAGGUGAAGAUCAGAAACGUUUUUGUUCGGUCCUUGGAUUCGGAGUCGAAAAGGAGCCUGGAAAACAUACAUUUUGAGACGUGUUUUCGAUACUCAACGGAAAAGGAAGACGACCGCGAAACGAUGGCCACAGAUGUGGUCAAGCGCAACGCGAGCCUCUAUCCGGUCCGAUGGCUGCUAUUGCGGAAUCGCCCGGACUUGGAGAAGGCGAACCAAGGAUACAUUGACAUGCUGCCAGAUGCUGAACUGCUGCUACGAGGUUUUGAGGCAUGCUUCCCCCAGGCAUGGCGAACGAUUCCUUGUGUUCUCCCAGUAGCGAGCGGCAACUUGAUCCAGUUUGCAGAUAUGAUCCGGCGGGUGACUGGCAAGCCCUCGUCUUUGGCUUAUAAUGGUUACGGAUGUUAUUGUGGAUUGGGAGGAUGGAAGCAGCCCCGGGACGAAACAGACUGGUGCUGCCAUGCCCACGACUGCUGCUACGGACGGAUGUCGUCACUUGGCUGCGACCCCAAAAUGGAGAUUUAUUCCUACUUUAUCCAGGAACGCAACAUCGUAUGCGGUGGGGAAACCAUGUGCCAGAGAAUGAUCUGCGAAUGUGAUAAAGCCGCCACCCUCUGCUUCCGCACGUCUGCUUACAGCAUCAGAAACAUCUAUUUCCCAAAUUUCCUUUGCAGGGGUGCAACACCACCUUGCUAG